CGACAACUGAUAAAUACAAGAAACAAACUAUGAUUUAACAAUACUGAACUAUUCUUAGCAGCAAUAUUUAUUUCUAUGACAUUUCGGUGCGGUUUUUGUGUUUCUGGCACCUCUGGACCGAACGAUAUUGCUUUAAAGCUUCUCACUCAAUAUCUAUUGAAACAAUAUCCUGCAGGUGGGGGAAGAGCAAGGAGCUCACACCAGUAAUUUCUGCUUGAACUCCAUCAAGCUCUUUACGCUCUAGAAAAACUGCUUUUACAUAUACCAAGGGAGAAAGCCCCUUCAGCCAGAGAAUAGCAAGACACCUUAAAUACCCAAGAGCACAAGAAUGGCUUUCCUCAAAGGCUUCCUCACCGGCCUAACCUUCUCAACCGCCACCAUAACCCUAACCCUCCACCUCCACCUCGCCAACCGGCACCACCAACGCCUCCUCCUCCGCGAGCAGAUAGAUCUCAUAAACACCAUCGCGCUGCCCACCACCACGGCCAACGCCACCAGCAGUACCAAUCUACGAACCGCGUCUGCGGAGGACGCUGCCGCCAUCGCCGCCGUCAUGGCGCGGAGGGGAUAUUACCCGCGCGAACAGCCUGGGAUCAUGGAUUUGGCGAAGGAGAGGUGGAAUAGGCAGCUUGAGGGGGGGGUGAGGAGGGUGCAGGAGGUGGGAUUGGAAGGGUUGGUUAAGGAGGGGGUUAGGGUGGUUAGGGGGUUGAGGGAGGGGGUGCAGGGGACUGGGAGGGAAGGGUGAUUUGAUGGAUGUAUUGGAGGAAUUGGGGUAGGGAAUUGGGAUGUUCUUGUUUAACGGAUCAUUUAGAGCUUUUGUGAGGGCUGGAUGGCUUUCUUUUAUUUUUCUUCGUUUGCGUAUGUGGUAUGGUUUUGGUGUUGCGGCGUUGGUGGUUGAAUUGAUACCCCCGGGCCGGCCUUUGUGUCGCUCUUAAAUCUGUAUGUGUAUGACGUGCUGUUUCGAUUGAAUUAUUUACAGCAACGAAAAGAAGCUUAUAUAUAAAUCUGGAUAUGUAAAUUCGUUUCAUCAUUCCGGCCCAUUUUUAACGUCAAAAAAAUCGGAUUAUAUUAUCUAUAACGG